AUGGGCUGCUGUCAAGACAAGGACGGUCAGACCUCUGAUGACCAAGCAAGAGAGGACGGGAACGGGGAAGGUAGGACCAGACUCACAAAUGGAGACGAUUUGGACAACACAGGCCGCCGCAAACAAAGAUCUAACGAAAGUCUUCUGAUAACCGUGCUGUGGCGCAGGCUAUCCAUGUUCAGCCGUCGGGGGUCAAGCAAGAGGCCCUCAGAACAGACUCAAAAGCAGGACAGUCAGAUCCAGGAGCGCAAACGUGAGGGAAGCCAUAAGGAACCAGAAAAGGGCUGACUCCAACCCUGUUCUCAUCCUCCCCAACAUCCAGAGAAUAAAACUAAUAUUGUGGAUCU